GUGUAUACUUACGCUUUUACCACGUUUUAUUGUGCCGCUUUGCUUCUUUUUUCCCAACAUGCAAUCCCUUUGUUCUAUUUUUGCUAUACCAAAAUGUACGUAAAUGAGAGGCACAAAUGUAUAAAUGCGUAAAUAUGCAAAUGCCCAAGUACUCGUUUGUGUACGUUACAAAUGGCAAAGUGAGAGGCUACGAAGUACCGGCAAAAUGAAACAAUUCGAAGAAACAUAAAAAUUGGGAUAUGUUGAGGAAUUUUUUUCUUUUUUUCCCCUUUUUUGCGAAAGAGGGGAACCCUUUUUUCCACGAACAGCGCGGAUAAUGACACUCCGCAUAAUUCACGAAUUUAACUCCAUUGUGUACUCUCCGAAAAAAUGCUCAGAACAUGUAUUAUGCGCAGUCACCCCAUUCGUAAAGUCACUAAGAGAAACAUCUGCACAGCAAACAGCGAGCAGACAUCACACAGGCACAUUUCCAACUUAGUGCUAUGUAAAGCGCAACCGCAGUUGCAACCCCAGGUGCAGCCACCAUUUGGACCUACAUUCCUCAGUCAAAAAAAAUUCUUCGGGGUAAAAAGAGUUGUUCAGAAAAGAAAGUACAUGCUAAAAUUAAUACAACCGCACCAGGAAAAGUUUGACGCGGAAAAAUACAAAACCUUUUUGGAAAAGGAAAACCUACGUGAAAAAAUUGACAUAAACAACAUCAACAUCGACAAUGAAAAGGAAGUCGAAUUAUAUGAAAAUUAUUUACUAAAUUAUAAAUACAACAAAAGGGAAGUUGAGAAGAAUGCACCGCUGCCUCUAUCCCUGUUGUCAUCUUCCUUCAUAAGAAGAACCAUUUACUCUAACAGGGAACACGUUUUAAAGAAUUUAAAAAACAUUAACUGGAAAAAGUAUUGUUGCAAUGUCAAAGGUGUGAGGUGGCAUGCUAGUGGGGCGUGGCGCGUCUACUUCUGUAAAAGAAAUUACCAGCAUAAUUUUUUUGUCAAAUGUGACUGCUAUUUUCGAGUAAGUAUUUACGGUUUUGAAAAAAGCAAGGAACUCGCCGUUCGGUACAGGAAACGGUUGGAGUAUGAGUACAUACUGCUCAUGAAGCGCUGGAAGGAAAUCGAAAUGUAA